GAUUCAAACUUCCGGUGGUGUGUCAUGGCGGCGUGGUGGAGUAUGCUUGAAGUGAAAAACUAAAACAACCCCCCCUCCUCCCUCCACCUUCUCCUCUGUUCUCCACCUUGAUUAUUUUGCGGAGCGGUCUAGGGGGUAUUUGUCGCAUCAGGGGCGAAUCGGGUGCAGGAAUCUGGAUCGCAAAAGUGAUUGAUAGGAGACACAGUGGCGCGCGCAUCCGCCUGAGCAUGGCGGCGCACAAACCCGUGGAAUGGGUCCAGGCCAUCAUUAAUCGAUUCGACGAACAGCUCCCAAUUAAAACAGGACAGCAGAGCACCCACACCAAAGUGAGCACAGAGCACAAUAAAGAAUGUUUGAUCAACAUCUCCAAGUACAAAUUUGCCCUCGUCAUCAACGGUCUGACCAACAUACUCAAAAAUGUGAACAACAUGUCUUCUAGUCUAGCAGAGAAGAACCUCUACCUCUCCCAGCUGAUUAUCCUGGACACACUGGAGAAGUGUUUGGCAGGGCAACCCAAGGACUGCCUAAGGCUGGAUGAGGCCAUGUUGGUAAAACAGUUGCUCCCUGAAAUCUGCCACUUCCUGCACUCGUACCGUGAGGGCCAGCAUCACGCUGCUCAGCUGCGCAGUUCUGCCUCUGCCGUGCUUUUCUCUCUCAGCUGCAACAACUUCAAUGCCGUCUUCAGUCGUAUCUCCACCAGGUUGCAAGAGCUCACAGUUUGUACAGAGGACACAGUGGAUGUCCAUGACAUUGAGCUCAUCCAGUAUAUCAAUGUAGACUGCUCCAAGUUAAAGAGACUCCUACAAGAAACAGUACUUAAAUUCAAAUCUUUGAAAAAGCCGGCUCAACUUGCAGUAAUCAGCAGUUUGGAAAAGGCAUUCUGGAACUGGGUUGAACACUACCCUGAUGAGUUCACUAUGCUCUAUCAGAGACCCCAGGCUGAUAUGGCUGACUGUGCAGAAAAACUGUUCGACCUGGUGGACAGUUUUGCAGAGAGCGCAAAAAGAAAGGCUGCUGUGUGGCCACUACAGAUCAUCCUCCUCAUCCUCUGUCCAGAGAUCACUCAGAGCAUCACCAAAGAAGUAGGGGGGGAGGAGAAAGCUAACAAGAAGUCAUUUGUGGACAGUCUACGGAAGGCUCUGGGACAACACAGCAGCAGUAGACAGUUGACAGAAAGUGCGGCCGUCGCAUGCGUCAAACUCUGCAAAGCAUGCACUUACAUCAACUGGGAGGACAAUUCUGUCAUCUUCCUCCUAGUUCAGUCCAUCGUCAUGGACCUUAAGGGUCUUCUGUUUAACCCUACUAAGCCAUUCUCAAGGGGUGCAGGCUGCCAGAGCGCCGAUGUGGAUUUGAUGAUCGACUGCUUUGUGUCAUGUUAUCGCGUCAGCCCUCGUAACAACCAGCAUUUUAAGGUAUGCCUGGCCUCGACUUCCCCUCCUACCUUCCAUUUUGUCUUGGUCAACUCCCUGCACAAAAUUAUCACCAAUUCACACCUGGACUGGUGGCCGAAGAUUGACGCCAUCUACUGCUACUCAGGAGAACUGCGCACCAUGUUUGCUGACACAUUGGGUCGAGUGGUUCAGAGUCUUGGUGCCCAUCCACCGCUGAGGAUGACAUCAAGUCUGACAUUCAAAGAGAAAAUGACGACUAGUUUAAAGUUCAAGGAGAAGUCCACUGACCUUGACUCGCGUUCUCUGCUGCUGGCCCUGGUCAAACUCAUCCACGCUGACCCCAAAUUAAUGCUGCAUAACCCAGGGAAACCCGGUCAAGAGAUCCAGAACAGCACAGCUGAGCUCAUCAAAGGUCUGGUCCAGCUGGUUCCUCUCAACCACAGUACUGAGCUUUCACAGGAAGCCAUGGAGGCACUGUUGGUGUUACAUCAGCCAGAAACGAUUGAGCUGUGGAACCCUGAUGCACCCAUUGAGACCUUCUGGGACAUCAGCUCCCAGGUCUUAUUUCUGAUCUGCAAGAAGCUGAUUGGACAUCAGAUGAUCAACAGUACAGAGAUACUGAAGUGGCUCAGAGAGAUUCUCAUAUGUAGAAACAGGUUUCUCCUAAAGAACAAGGAGUGUGCCACACAGGGCAGUCUCAUCCCUAUCAGCAGACAGGCUCAGACCAAGCUGGAGGUGUGUCUCUACACCUUCCUGUGGAGCCCUGACGCAGAGGCUGUGUUGGUGGCCAUGUCCUGUUUCCGGCAUCUCUGCGAGGAGGCGGACAUCCGCUGCAGUGUGGACGAGCUGCCUGUGCACACGGUCCUGCCCAACUACAACACCUUUAUGGAGCUGGCCUCUGUCAGCAAUAUGAUGGCUACAGGCCGCAACACACUUCAGAAGAGAGUGAUGGCGCUGUUAAGGAGGAUAAAAUACCCUACAGCUGGAAAUUUAGAGGCAUGGGAAGACACAUAUGCAAAAUGGGAGCAAGCUACUAAACAGAUACUCAACCACCCGAAAAAAGUGGAAGAUGGAAAGGAGUGGAUCAACAUGACCGGUUUCUUGUGCGCUCUGGGAGGGGUUUGUCUCCAGCAGCGGAGCACCCCUAGCCUAGGCACCUACAGCCCUCCUAUGGGCCACCUAACCGAACGCAAGGGCUCUAUGAUCUCUAUGGGCUCUUGUGAGGUCAACAGCGAGACGUCUCUUAACAGGUUUCUGGAGCGUCUGCUGGGUCUCAUGGUCUGUACGCAUGAAAAGGUUGGCGUGCAGAUUCGCACCAACGUCAAAGACCUUGUUGGACUGGAGCUCAGUCCAGCUCUCUACUCCAUGCUCUUCACCAAGCUACGCAACAGCAUUGGACGUUUUUUUGAGACCCAGGGUCCGGUUCCCAUUACAGACACGAACACACUGUUUGUAGAGCAGACCAUCGCCAUCAUGAAGAACCUGCUUGACAGUCACACUGAAGGAAGCUCAGAGCACCUCGGUCAAGCCAGCAUUGAGACCAUGAUGCUCAAUCUAGUUAGGUAUGUGCGUAUUUUAGGGAACGUUGUCCAUGCCAUUCAGAUCAAAACUAAGCUGUGCCAGCUCGUGGAGGUGAUGAUGGAACGCAGGGAUGACCUCUCCUUCUGCCAAGAGAUGAAAUUCAGAAAUAAAAUGGUGGAGUACCUCACAGACUGGGUGAUGGGAAUCUCUAAUCAAGCAGCAGACGAUGACGUCAAAUGUCUGACCCGGGAUCUGGACCAGGCGAGUAUGGAGGCAGUAGUGUCUCUGUUGGCUGGUCUUCCCCUGCAGCCUGAGGAGGGUGAUGGAGUUGAGCUGAUGGAGGCCAAGUCUCAGCUCUUCCUGAAAUACUUUACGCUGUUCAUGAACCUGCUGAAUGACUGCAGCGAGGUCGAGGAAGACGGCCAGCAGGUGGCAGGCCGGAAACGUGGGAUGUCCAGACGACUGGCAUCUCUGCGGCACUGUACUGUGCUGGCCAUGUCUAAUCUGCUCAACGCUAAUGUGGACAGCGGCCUCAUGCACUCCAUCGGUCUGGGGUACCAUAAGGACCUGCAGACGCGAGCUACGUUCAUGGAGGUGCUCACUAAGAUCCUUCAGCAAGGGACGGAGUUCGACACGCUUGCAGAGACUGUGCUUGCAGACCGCUUUGAGAGACUCGUCGAGCUGGUCACCAUGAUGGGAGACCAGGGCGAGCUGCCCAUAGCCAUGGCACUGGCCAAUGUGGUCCCCUGCUCUCAAUGGGAUGAGCUGGCCAGGGUGUUGGUGACAUUGUUCGACUCCCGUCAUCUGCUGUAUCAGCUUCUAUGGAACAUGUUCUCAAAAGAGGUAGAGCUGGCCGACUCUAUGCAGACCCUCUUCAGAGGAAACAGCCUAGCCAGCAAGAUUAUGACCUUUUGCUUUAAGGUGUAUGGCGCUGCAUAUCUGCAGAAGCUUCUGGAGCCGCUGUUGAGAGGAAUCAUCACCACGCCAGAGUGGCAGCAAAUCAGUUUUGAAGUAGACCCUACCAGGCUCGAACCAGCAGAGAACCUGGAGGAGAACCAGAAGAACCUGCUGCAGAUCACAGACCGCUUCUUCCUGGCCAUCAUCAACUCUUCAACCGAGUUUCCUCCACAGCUGCGCAGUGUGUGCCACUGUCUCUAUCAGGCUACUUGCCACUCCCUUCUGAAUAAAGCCACUGUUAAAGAAAAAAAGGAAAACAAAAAAUCCGUGGUCAGUCAGCGGUUUCCUCAGAACAGUAUCGGUGCAGUAGGAAGUGCCAUGUUCUUGCGCUUCAUUAACCCAGCUAUUGUAUCACCAUAUGAGGCAGGCAUCCUAGACAAGAAACCACCACCUCGCAUCGAGCGUGGCCUCAAGCUAAUGUCUAAGGUACUCCAAAGCAUUGCUAAUCAUGUCCUUUUCACAAAAGAGGAGCAUAUGCGUCCCUUUAAUGAUUUUGUCAAAAGCAACUUUGAUGCUGCCAGAAGGUUCUUCUUGGAUAUUGCAUCUGAUUCUCCGCCAAGUGACUCUGUGAACCACAGUCUGUCUUUCAUCAGUGACGGCAAUGUGCUUGCCCUGCACCGUCUGUUAUGGAACAACCAGGAAAGAAUCGGCCAAUACCUGUCCAGCAAUAGGGACCACAAGGCAGUGGGUCGCAGACCAUUUGACAAGAUGGCCACCCUCCUGGCGUACCUGGGCCCCCCUGAACAUAAGCCAGUAGCUGACACACACUGGUCCAGCCUCAACCUCACCAGCUCAAAGUUUGAGGAGUUUAUGACAAGGCAUCAAGUUCAUGAGAAGGAGGAAUUUAAAGCUUUAAAGACCCUCAACAUCUUUUACCAAGCUGGCACAUCUAAGAAUGGCAGCCCAGUCUUUUACUACAUUGCACGCAGGUUCAAAACUGGACAAAUCAAUGGUGAUCUUCUGAUCUAUCACGUCCUUCUGACCCUCAAGCCUUACUAUGCCAAGCACUACGAGAUCGUAGUAGACCUCACCCACGUGGGCCCCAGUAACCGCUUCAAGACGGACUUUUUAUCAAAAUGGUUUGUGGUCUUUCCAAACUUUGCCUACGAGAAUGUGGCUGCCGUGUACAUCUACAACUGCAACACCUGGGUACGAGAGUACACCAAAUACCAUGAGCGACUACUGACCGGCCUCAAGGGGAGCAAGAAGCUGUUGUUUAUCGACUCGCCUGCACGUCUGGCUGAAUACAUCGAACCUGAGCAGCAGAAGCUGCCUGCAGCUACCUUGGCCCUGGAAGAGGACCUCAAAGUGUUCCACAAUGCCCUGAAACUGGCACACAAGGACACAAAGGUGUCGAUCAAGGUGGGAUCAACAGCUGUUCAGGUCACCUCUGCUGAGCGAACGCGUGUCCUUGGACAGCCCGUUUUCCUGAACGACAUAUACUAUGCCUCAGAGAUCGAGGAGAUAUGCCUGGUGGACGAGAACCAGUUCACACUGACCAUCGCUAACCAGGGCACCCCUCUCACGUUCAUGCACCAGGAGUGCGAAGCCAUCGUUCAGUCCAUCAUCCACAUCCGCACACGCUGGGAGCUCUCCCAACCGGACUCCAUUCCCCAGCACACCAAGAUCAGGCCUAAAGAUGUUCCUGGCACCCUGCUCAACAUCGCCCUCCUCAACCUGGGUAGCUCUGACCCCAGUCUGAGGUCAGCUGCGUACAAUCUCCUUUGUGCCUUAACCUGCACCUUCAACCUGAAGAUUGAAGGCCAACUCCUGGAAACAUCUGGCUUGUGCAUUCCAGCCAACAACACCCUUUUUAUUGUGUCCAUUAGCAAAACGCUAGCAGCUAAUGAGCCCCACCUCACUCUGGAGUUCCUAGAAGAGUGCAUCUCUGGCUUCAGCAAGUCAAGUAUUGAGCUGAAGCAUCUGUGUCUGGAGUAUAUGACUCCUUGGCUGCGUAAUUUGGUGCGCUUUUGUAAACACAAUGACGAUGCUAAACGGCAGCGUGUCACGGCUAUCCUGGACAAACUCAUUACUAUGACCAUCAAUGAGAAGCAGAUGUACCCCUCCAUACAGGCGAAGAUAUGGGGCAGCUUGGGGCAGAUCACAGACCUGCUUGAUGUGGUGUUGGAUAGCUUCAUAAAGACUAGUGCUACCGGGGGUUUGGGAUCCAUCAAGGCUGAAGUGAUGGCCGACACAGCUGUAGCUCUGGCUUCAGGAAAUGUCAAGCUGGUGUCCAGCAAGGUGAUUGGCCGAAUGUGUAAGAUCAUCGAUAAGACGUGCCUGUCCCCCACUCCCACCCUUGAGCAGCACCUGAUGUGGGAUGACAUCGCCAUCCUGGCCCGUUACAUGCUCAUGCUUUCCUUCAACAACUCUCUGGACGUGGCCGCUCAUCUGCCCUACCUGUUCCAUGUCGUCACCCUGCUGGUGGCCACUGGCCCGCUGUCACUCCGAGCCUCAACACAUGGCCUCGUUAUCAACAUCAUUCACUCGCUCUGCACCUGCUCACAGCUCAACUUCAGCGAGGAGACUAAACAGGUGCUGCGUCUGAGUCUGACGGAGUUCUCCCUGCCCAAGUUCUACCUGCUGUUCGGCAUCAGUAAGGUCAAAUCUGCGGCGGUCAUCGCCUUCCGCUCCAGCUACAGAGACCGCUCGUUCUCCCCCGGCUCCUAUGAGAGAGAGACCUUUGCUCUGUCUUCCCUGGAAACGGUUACAGAGGCUCUUUUGGAGAUCAUGGAGGCCUGUAUGAGAGACAUUCCCGGAUGCAAAUGGUUGGAUCAGUGGACUGAAUUGGCACAAAAGUUUGCAUUCCAGUAUAACCCAUCUCUCCAGCCACGGGCGCUGGUUGUGUUCGGUUGCAUCAGUAAACGUGUGACUCAUGGACAGCUCAAACAGAUCAUUCGUAUUCUCAGUAAAGCAAGUCCUCUGCUCAGCAUUGAUCGGGGGCUGGAGAGCUGCUUAAAGGGGCCGGAUAAUUACAACAGCCAGGUUCUUAUUGAGGCCACCGUCAUCGCUCUCACCAAACUACAGCCUCUCCUCGAUCAGGAUUCUCCCAUGCAUAAAGCUCUGUUCUGGGUGGCUGUGGCUGUGCUUCAGUUGGAUGAAGUGAAUCUGUACUCUGCCGGUACCGCUUUACUGGAGCAGAACCUGCACACACUGGACAGCCUCCGGGUGUUUAAUGAUAAGAGUCCUGAGGAGGUCUUCAUGGAGAUCCGGAAGCCUCUGGAAUGGCAUUGUAAACAAAUGGACCAUUUUGUGGGACUCAACUUUGCCUCCAACUUCAACUUUGCAUUAGUUGGGCACUUGCUUAAAGGAUACAGGCAUCCUUCUUCCACCACUGUGGCGAGGACAGUCCGUAUCCUUCAUACACUCCUGGGCCUUGUGGGAAAACACCGCAGCUGUGACAAGUUUGAGGUGAACACGCAGAGUGUGGCCUAUCUGGCAGCAUUGCUCACAGUAUCGGAGGAGGUGAGGAGCCGCUGCAGCCUAAAGCACAGGAAGUCAUUGCUGCUCUCAGACGUUGCCAUGGAGAACUUUCCCAUGGACGCGUACUCUGUGUACGACACUGAGCCUGGAUGCAGGCUUCUGCAUGAAAACCAGCCCUGGGCUUCUCCAAAAGUGUCAGAGCACAGUCUUGCACCUCCGUACUCAGCCAUGGGGCAGACCAGCCUUCGCCCACGCAAAUCCAUGAGCGUAGACAUGGGCCAGCCAUCACAGGCCAAUGCGAAGAAACUUCUGGGUACUAGAAAGAGUUUUGAUCACCUAAUUUCGGACUCAAAAGCCCCGAAGAGACCAGACAUGGAGACAGGCAUCACCACUCCUCCAAAGAUGAGACGGGUUUCUGAAAAUGACUACGAGAUAGAAACUCAGCGAAUAGCCAACUCCCAUUUACGCAAAGUUUCUGUGUCUGAGUCCAAUGUCCUCCUGGAUGAGAACGUUCUCACAGAUCCGAAGAUCCAGACGCUGCUCCUCACUGUACUGGCAACACUGGUGAAAUACACUACGGAUGAGUUUCAUCAGCGGAUCCUUUACGAGUAUUUGGCGGAGGCCAGUGUGGUGUUCCCCAAGGUCUUUCCAGUAGUCCACAACCUGCUGGACUCCAAGUUAAGCACCGUCCUUUCCAUGUGCCAGGACCCCAACCUCCUGAACCCCGUCCACGGCAUCAUUCAGAAUGUGGUUUAUCAUGAGGAGUCUCCUCCUCAAUACCAGCCAUCCUGCUUACAGAGUUUCGGUUUCAACGGGCUUUGGAGGUUUGCCGGGCCCUUUACUAAGCAAACCCAAAUUCCAGACUAUGCCGAGCUCGUGGUUAAGUUCCUAGAUGCUUUGAUCGACACUUACCUUCCUGGUAUUGAAGAAGAAGGAGGGGAGGAGUCUCUGCGCACGCCCACCUCUCCGUAUCCCCCCACGGUUCAGAGCCAGCUCAGCAUCACAGCCAACCUCAACCUGUCCAACUCCAUGACAUCUCUAGCCACCUCACAGCACUCCCCAGGCAUUGACAAGGAGAACGUUGAGAUUUCUCCAACCUCGAGUCUCUCUACCGGUGGGCGAGCGCGACACGGGUCAGCCAGCCAGGUACAGAAGCAGCGCAGUGCAGGCAGCUUCAAACGGCCGAGCAUCAAAAAGAUCGUCUGAGAAGACUUGAAGCAUUUCUACCUACUCCGUGGCCACCGUUCUUCUCCACGAAUCCUGUUUGCUUUCCGUCGUCCAGUUAACAAGGUUCCUGCAUUGAAGAACCGCUUAAGUGUUUGGUUUUUAAUACCAGUUGAAGCUUGCCACACACUUGCCUAAGUGAACUACUUCGGGAGAAUGCACUGAAAACUCCGGGUUGCACUCAAUAUCGAAAAUGUCUUGGGACUGACCACACUGAAAUGCUAAAUCUGUCCAGUCAAGGCGUCCACUCUUCGUUUUGCACAAACUUGAGACUAUGUCCUUAUCGACGUCUGAAAGAAACACAUGAAUGAGAAACUGAUCUGAUCAGCCACUACAGCAAACAGAUGACCAACCCUGUGGAGACUCUUAGGAUCAUUAUCCUGCUCUGGCAUCUGGCCUUUUUCCAUUUAGUCCCGGACCCGCUACGGGAUGGACGUGUACGACCUGUCCUGUCCUGAUAUCCACAGGCUUGAAAUCCGGAUCGCGAUCCAAGAUUAUCUGUGUACUAUACUAUUGACGAUAAUAACAAUCUCAUGUUUUGGGUUCUUAUUUUAUCCAUUGUGUGCCUUUGUCAGGGUUUUCAGCUGUGUAUAGUUUGUAAAAUAGGCAAGACCUGGCUAAGGAAGGGAAAACAGGUACUAAUUAUGAAAACGUGUUGAGGCUUUAACAUUUACCAUAUUGUCCAUUGGUCGCUACGGUGUAAACAGUACCAUGUGACCAUCAAAUACGAGAAUAUCAUAUUGCAGCAUCUAAAUAUUUAUUCUGUAAAUGGAGAUCACAUGAAGGUUUGCCUUGGGAUCGUUAUCAUCAGUCGUCGAAAAAAAACUAGAGGAGCGGCGGAUGAGUAUGCAUCCUUAUGUCGUUUUUUUUUUUUUUUGUCCAAAAAUGCACAAAUCAAACACGACAAUUUGGCAUUAAUAUUCACAUUUUAGCAUUGUCUCACUGUGGUGAAAUAUGUUUUUUUAUUUGUUUCAUUAAACACUAUGUGUGUAUACAAGUUGCACAUGUUUAAAGUGUGUGUUCAGGAAGUAUCUGUGCAUACCUUUUACCUUCCUCUGUUCCCGUCCCACUAAAAGCUCACAUAGGGAACAGGAAUCCCAGUCCCGCCACAAGCUGACAUAGUAACAUUGCACCAAAGACAAGUUUGCAAUAUUGUGAGGGGAAACUGUUGUGAACUCCAUUUUGUAUAUUUUUAUGUCUGUCUUGUCUAUGUUGUAUGCCUUAAAUAAUUAUUUCUUCCAUACAGUUCUCACUAACUUUGUAACCAUGUUUUUGGCGUUUAAUUGAAUAGUUUUCUCACUCGCCGCUUAACCAGUGAAUUGCAAAAAUAACCACAAUUGUGCCAUUUAAGUUUGAAUUAACAUGCCAUUAGCAGGGCUUCAGUGUAUUAAAUUUACAAUGGCCGUCAAAAUUUAAGUGGGCGAUUUUUGUGUGCAAUGUUAUCUGCAUUAUUUUUUUUUACUUAGUUCUGCAAAUCUACGAGGAGAAAACGGUAGUGUACUUAGUAACAGACUCACAGUACAUGAUGCGUUUGCUUUCUUUAAAUGCUUAUUAAAGGGAAAUUGUAUUACUAAAGAAGGGUACCUGCCAAAUGUUUGAGGAUGGUAUAUUUAUGCAUAAUUGUAAUUUUGUGUUUCUGAAGAGAUUGCAUAGAAAUACGCGAGUACCCGAUGUUUCACACUUAAAAUUGGGACCAAAUCAAUGUCAUUCUUCCACUUCAUUUGUAGAUUUAUUUAACAUUUCCGUUGGUUUUACAACAUACUAUCCAGCAGAUCCAAAAUGUACUUUUAAUGCUGACUUGUGGUUAUUUUGGGGCACUAAGUAUUUACAGUGAAAUAUCGUCCCAACAGCAAAUUUCUGAUGACAAUGAUUUAUGAUCAAAAAUGAGACUUGAAAUUACUUGUCGUAAUGGCCAAUUUCCAUCAGUCCAUGUCAAAUUUACAGUUUUUCAUAUAAAUGGAAAAUAUGAAGGAACAUAUGACCCAAUCGUGUGUUUGAAGUGUAAGAUUUUUUUUUUUAUCCAUUACUCUGAAUAACCAGAAUAUAACUCCUUUUUCUUGAAUUUUCUAUGUUGUUGCAUUGCUACUACCAAUCUAGAACUGACCUAAUCUCAUAUGUCAACACUUUAAGACAAUAAAGAAGGCACAGUCUUGACUGCCGUGAUGGCGAAUAGGACACAUGACAUGCCCCUAAGCCUUUUAAAUUGCGUAUGUAAUUAAACGGUCUUAUGUACUCAUCAUAAACAGACUAAAAAGGUGGUUUAUUUUAUAUUAUUCAAGAUGUGUGUUUGUCUGAUGCAUAUGCUACAUUUUUAAUUGCAUUGGUCCUCUGUAAACAAUGUAUCUGUCACCUGUAAAUAUGUUUGUGUAAAAUUGGAAGGUAUAUAAAUACAAGUGUAAAUAUAUGUGAUAUUGUAUUACUUGCUUUUUUGUAAAGCGGUUAGUUGCUGUACAUGUAUAACAUGGCAAUUUAAUUAUACCAGUGUUCGUAAUAAAAGUUUCCCUCUGUUA